AAAGGAACAUUCAUCGAACAUUCAUCAAUAUGCACUUGCUUCUAAAUUGUCUUCUUCAUCCAUUUUGGUUACUCGAUUACCAAAUCAUUGCCUGGAAAUUCUUGAAUCCUAUCAAAGUCGUCUUCUUGGAUUUGUAUAAAGUAUAAACCCUAAGUGUCCCUCUCCAUUCUUUCCCACAGAUGACUCAGUUUCUUCCAAGAUACUGUAGCAUGGAGGGUGAAGGUCAGCAAAUUUCAUUACUUGAUGGAGUAGAAGACAGAUUUGGAGGUAUUGUGGUGAACUUGAUGGAAGUGGAAUCCAUGACUGUUGAUGAUUUUGAUGCAAAGCUUGAUGCUUCACUUAAGGCUUGGAAGGAUCAGGGGAAGAAGGGGAUUUGGAUAAAGUUGCCUCGUGAGCUAUCUAGUCUUGUUGACACUGCAAUUAAGAAAGGGUUUACAUACCACCAUGCCGAGAAUGAAUACGUGAUGCUUACAUCUUGGCUUCCCCAGCCACCUAGCACUCUUCCUUGCAAUGCUUCUCAUCGUAUUGGGAUCGGUGCUUUUGUCCUGAACAAGAACGGAGAGAUGCUUGUGGUUCAGGAGAAUAGUGGAUAUUUCAGAGAGAAAAAUGUGUGGAAGGUGCCUACCGGUACUAUUAAAGAGGGUGAGAGUAUCUGGGCUGGAGCAGUUAGGGAAGUGAAAGAAGAAACUGAUAUUGAUGCAGAAUUUGUAGAAGUCCUGGCUUUCAUGGAAAGCCAUCAAGCAGUCUGGCAAAGAAAAUCGGAUAUAUUUUUCGUCUGUGAGUUGGAAGCAAGCACAUUUGAAAUCAAGAAACAAGACUCUGAAAUCUAUGCUGCUAAGUGGAUGCUGGUUGAGGAAUACGUAAACCAACCCUUUCACAACAAGGAGGGGAACGAAAUGUUUAAGUUAAUAGCUAACAUCUGCUUAAAGAAGUCGCGGGACAAGUACACCGGCUUCGUUCUUACUAAGGAUUCACCAAAAAAGAGCCUUUACUGUAGAGUCGAUCACGCCAACCUCCUGAACGAAACAGCUGACCAAGCCUCCACCUCUCUCUCUGACUAGUCAGAAUGUGUUUCUGCUUCUUUGUUUAACGUCGUCUGUUCAAUUAAAAUCACCAGUCUUGUGUGUCAAAAGACUGGAGACUUGCCAUAUGUAAUUCACCAUGUCCUCACGACAAUUUCCUAAU